AUGGAUAACAACGCAAGCGCACUAUUUCGGGAGGGUCUGGAGACCGAGAAGCGCAUGAGCUUCAAAUGGAUGCAGGAUAUGGAUUUGUCCGACGCCAAAGAGAUCCCGACCGAGGUGCAGUACAAGUCCUCCAGCAUCGCUGCAGAACCGUUCAAGAAGCACCUUGUCCAGGAAACCAAGGGCUUCAAGCCGCAAAUCAAAAAGGAGAACUUCGAACGGGCCAAGAAAUCUUUCGGCAUGUGCAACAGCGAGUUGCCCUACGUAAUGGCCCGUGACGACCCGCGCCCACUGGCACAGUGCUUCCGGUAUAGCGCGAUUUGUUCAUCUGGUGACGUACUAUUCAUGAAGAUUGAGACUUACCACCAGUAUGCUAUCGGAAAGAUGUGCUUCAGCUUCUUGCACAAAUCUUCGUACCCUUCGCCGCUACUGAACGAGCUGAAGCACUCCAUCCAAAAAUUCAUUUCUGUUUGA